AUGAUUGAAAGCAGUAUUGGUUAUGAUUCAAUAAAAUUACCAUAAAAAUUCCUGAAGGAUAUAAUGUUUUGAAGUAAAUCUAGAAUGAGUUGGAUAACGAAUGCCCAAAUUAAGUUGAGUUCCUAAAACAUACCUAUGACUUUUAUUGUUUAAUUACACAUUAUUUCGAAUAAAAUAAAGUUCCUUUAAUUUAUAAAAAUACGAAAGUUUAGUCUAAAUUAGAUAUGCUGGAAACCCUAUAAUAUACUUAGAUAGUAGACAAAAUUUUAUAACAAAACAAAAACGAUUAAAAUUAAAUUGAUGAAAUCUAUAAAAAACUCAAUUUCAAUAUUUAAUACAUAGAACAUAAUAGUGAGAAAGUUAAAUUAAUAAAUAUAUUCAAACAUAACACAUAAAGUUAUUCUUGUAAAUUAGAAGUUAAACAUGUCUUUGAGCUAACAAAAUAAUAAGACGAUAAGAGAUUCAAAAAAGAUCUUGAAAAUAGAAUGCUCUUUUUUAAUGGUUCAAAAUCAAUUAACAUUGCAGGUAUCUUGGCUAAAAGAUUAAAAUAGCACUGCUUGAAGCUCCAAUCACAACAUAUAGAUUUGGAAAGGUAAGCUAUUUAAUUAUAAUUUUCAGGGAAUUUAUUUUACUGAUGUUGUUGAAAAAGCAGUAAGUUAUGGUUUCACAGAUCUUCAAACAAACUCUAUAUUUAUUUUACUUUGCGAUAUGGCAUUGGGUAACACAGUUAUCAAAUUCCACUAUGAUUGUAACGCUGGCAAUCUCCCUAUGGAGAACCAUAGCACUUGUGGUAAAGCUAGAUUUUAUCCUCCAGAAAAUCUUAUGUUGAAAUGCCAGGAUUGCCUAAUGUAAAAGUUCCAAUUGGUAUGCCUGAACCUUCAGACUUUCAGAAUACAUCUAGGUUAAAGUGCAAUGAAUUUAUAGUUUAUGAUGAUGCUUGAGUCAGGCUAAAGUAUUUAGUCAAAUUGA